ACGACAAGCUCCUCCUGCAUGCGAUUAUAAAGCAAACGUACUGGGCUGGUGCAGUGCAGAGGGGGGUGAUCUAUUAGUUAGGGAAAAAUAAGGUUACAAAUCAGAACUCACCGUAGUCUGUAACUUCAAUAAAAUUAAAAUAAAUAUAUUAUUUUUACUACUUUUAGAUUGUAUUUUCUACGCAGCCAAGAUGACCACCGCAGUGGUUUCGCCUUUCUACGACUUCAGCGAAGUAAUGAACAAGAACGACAAGAUGCUGAAUUACAACAACAACUUACUGAGCGCCCCCCAUCAUCCGAUAUCCACCAACAUCCCCAUGUCUAUCACCAACCCCACCGGAGCCCUGCUGGACAGGAAGGCUGUGGGGACCCCCUCGCUGGGCUGCGGGCUGUCAGUCUACAAGAGACGCCACUCUGUCACCCUCCCCAACCAUGACCCCAGCUCCAAGUUCAACCAGAACCAGUUCCUUAACAGCCUGAAGACCAUAGACCACUCCUCCUGCUCCAUCACCUCUGGUUUUAUUGGAAGUGGUAGCAGCAGCAAGGAGAAUCGCAUGAGGGACCGUUCUUUCUCUGAGACGGGUGAGCGGCUCCUACACCAGUGCCUGGGGCCUGCUAGUCCUACCAGCCUAGGAGCCCAGAGCCAGCAGCAGAGCCAGGUCAACUCCAGUCGCUACAAGACGGAGCUGUGCCGGCCGUUUGAGGAGAACGGAGCCUGUAAGUACGGCGACAAGUGUCAGUUCGCCCAUGGCUUCCACGAGCUGCGUUCUCUCAGCCGCCACCCUAAAUACAAAACCGAGCUGUGUCGUACCUUCCACACAAUCGGAUUCUGCCCCUAUGGUCCUCGCUGUCACUUUAUCCACAAUGCAGAGGAGCGCCGUGGACCCCCUCCUUCCCCCUCAUCCUGCUCCUCCUACUCUCCUCUCUCCUCCAAUAAGGUGGAGCGUCCUCGUCUGCAGCACAGCUACAGCUUCGCAGGGUUCCCCACCUCUGGGGGCCUGAGAGGAGGGGACAGCCCAACCUCCGUCACCCCUCCACCUAUGUUCUCCCCGGACGAGAUGCCUGAGUGGCCGAGCUCCAACCUCUUCACGUACUCCAGUCAGGAGCUGGCCAAUCUGUUCGGCCCCAGCCUUGGAUCCGGAGGCCCCGUGGGGACUGAUCCCAAAGCUCCUGCACCCCUGUCCCAGAACAACGCCCCCUACUUCUUCAGGCCCAUGUCGGAGUCCCCCACCCAGAUGUUUGCAUCUCCGUCCAGCCCGCCCCAGGACUCUCUGUCGGACCAGGAGGGGUACCAGAGCAGCUCGGGGGGCAGUCUCAGUGGGUCAGAAUCCCCCAGCUUGGAUGCCAACAGACGCCUCCCAAUCUUCAGCCGCCUCUCCAUCUCUGACGACUAGACGGCAGCUAUUUAAUGAUCUUAUCCACGCUGACCUUGAAAAAAGGACAGAAAGAUAUAAUGAAUGGGAAAUGGCACUCCCCUGUCCCCUCGACAACCAUCCCCUGACCCCUCUCCUCCACAAAUCAAUAUACAUUUAGUUCCUAGUUAGAAUAAGGAUACAGUGACUUGUUUUCAAAUCACCCCAGAAAUGUCUCCCUUGCUGUUACCCGCAUCCUAACUCCCUCCCUCCACAGACCCUACCAUGUCUUCAGUCAAAACGCGAGAGGAAACGAAUGAACAAUGAGAAUGUUAGACUUUUGUUGUUUUGCCAGGUGCCACCUGUGAUUUUGUUCUUGAACGUGUAGCAGUGCAAGUGUAUCAUUGCACCACAAACCACCCCAUCCUGUUGUUGGUCACUGACAGUUGUGUUUCUGGGAGGAUGAGGGAUGUCUUUUAUUGUCUAACUGGUUAUUAAACCUUUAAGACUGUGUUAUUAUUUUUGUCCCUCCCUCUCCACCCCACUGCCCUCUGUGCCGUUCCGCAGGCAGAGGGGAAUUCCAGCAUUCCCAUGGUGCAGUUCUUCUAUACUUCCUGCAACGUGAGAUGGGAUCUCUAAGCUAUCCUAGUUUUCCUCUUCCCCUUAGAAUCAGAAUCUGGCUUUGAGGCGUAGUCUGAUGUUAUGACAUCUCUCUGCUUCUUUCUCUAGGUUUUGAUUAUUUUUAUUGUUAUUAUGAUUAUUUGUUUGAAAACUUUCCAAACAGUUUUUGCUUAUCACUGCAUAUUUAACUUAUCGAAACAUAUUUAUUGGUGAUCAUAUGCAUUUUUUUGUUUUUGUAUUUAUCUGGAUAAUGAACAAUAGAAUAUAUUUUCUUUAUGUUAAAUUAUGAUCUUCGGUAUUAAUCUAAAGAUUGUGAAGACAUUUUUGUCAAUUUCUUUUUUUCACAGUUUAAUAUAUUGUAUUACAAUGACUUUUGUUUGCAACUACACGUUGUCAAAAUGACUUUUGUUUGCAACUACACGUUGUCAAAAUGACUUUUGUUUGCAACUACACGUUGUCAAAAUGACUUUUGUUUGCAACUACACGUUGUCAAAAUGACUUUUGUUUGCAACUACACGUUGUCAAAAUGACUUUUGUUUGCAACUACACGUUGUCAAAAUGACUUUUGUUUGCAACUACACGUUGUCAAAAUGACUUUUGUUUGCAACUACACGUUGUCAAAAUGACUUUUGUUUGCAACUACACGUUGUCAAAAUGACUUUUGUUUGCAACUACACGUUGUCAAAAUGACUUUUGUUUGCAACUACACGUUGUCAAAAUGAAACUUAAUUUAAAACAAACAAAUACAGAAAAAAAGGUUGCUUUAUUUAUUUGUUUACUUUUUGUUUGUUCUCGGUUCUCCCUGUUUUUGGACUGCAAUUCUAGCAAACAUGAUUGUCACCUUCUCAUUCCGGAGCUGUCCUGUCCUCGCGUUUUUCUGUUUUCUCUGACGGUAACAGUACUUUAAUGUUAUUACCUUUUGCAGUUGUAUUCUUUGAGAUUAGGCCAACGUGGUACCAUAUGUUGACCAAACAGGAUUAUUUCAUAAAUAUGACUUGUGUAUCUAAAACUAAGAGGUGUAACACGUGAUGAGUAUCACCAUGUUCACUUGGACAUCCCGAUUCAGUGUGUGAAGUUCUGGGUUUAAAGUUAUGUGACGGUCUUAGUUAAUGUAAUUACAAGUAACCAGGGAUUUAGAGGAAAAAGACUCUUUUAUUACAAGCAAAAGCUGUGACCAAAUGGGUUGAGGAGAGGUUGUCUUGUUUUUUGAACUUGCGUGGCCCCAGCUGUUAAAGUGCCUACUUUUUGAAUACAUUCCAGGUAGCUAACUAAGGCCUUCUCUAUUAAACGAUGGAAGAUGAUGGUGAAAUUGUUUUUAAAUUCCUUGUUCCAUGUUUCCUUGAAGUUUUGAAUGAGGUUAAACAGGAUUACUGAAAGUAAAAGAAAGUUAACUGAAAGUCAAACUGUUGAAUGUAUUUUUCCAGCCAUGGUUUUUCACUAGUCAUUUCGGAGUUGAUAUAAAACUGAUUUCUUUUUGUAACUAUUGAUUGCAGUUAAAACCAAUAAACCCUGUAUUUUUGAAACAA